CCCCGCCGCCUUCCGGCCCCCGUGCCCCGGCCCCGGUCCCCCGGGCCAUGCGGCCUCGGCCCCGCCGGCGCCCGCCGCACCUGGGGAGAUGAGGCUCCGCAAUGGCACCUUCCUGACGCUGCUGUUCUGCCUGUGCGCCUUCCUCUCGCUGUCCUGGUACGCGGGGCUCAGCGGCCAGAAAGGAGAGGUGGUUGACAUUUACCAGAGGGAGUUUCUGGCAUUGCGGGACCGUUUGCAUGCGGCCGAGCAGGAGAGCCUGAAGCACUCCAAGGAGCUCAACCUGGUGUUGGAUGAGAUCAAGAGGACCCUGUCGGAGAGACAGGUCCUGCGAGAUGGAGAGGGCAAUCACACCUGGGGCCGUCUAACAGAAGACCCUCGACUGAAGUGGAACGUCUCACACAGCCACGUGCUGCAUCUGCCCAGUGUCUUCCACCAUCUGCCACACCUGCUGGCCAAAGAGAGCAGUCUGCAGCCUGUGGUGCGGGUGGGCCAGGGCCGCACAGGAGUGUCCGUGGUGAUGGGCAUUCCCAGCGUGCGGCGGGAGGUGCAUUCAUACCUGACUGAUACAUUGCGCUCGCUCAUCUCAGAGCUGAGCCCACAGGAGAAGGAAGACUCUGUCAUCGUGGUGCUGAUUGCAGAGGCUGACCCACAGUACACGUCCGCAGUGACGGAGAACAUCAAAGCCUUGUUCCCCACGGAGAUCCAUUCUGGGCUCCUUGAAGUCAUCUCCCCUUCCCCUCACUUCUACCCUGACUUCUCCCGCCUCCGAGAGUCCUUUGGAGACCCCAAGGAGAGAGUCAGGUGGAGGACCAAACAGAACCUUGAUUACUGCUUCCUCAUGAUGUAUGCACAGUCCAAAGGCAUCUAUUAUGUGCAGCUGGAGGAUGACAUCAUAGCCAAGCCCAACUACUUGAGCACCAUGAAGAACUUUGCCCUCCAGCAGCCCUCUGAGGACUGGAUGAUCCUGGAGUUCUCCCAGCUGGGCUUCAUUGGGAAGAUGUUCAAGUCCCUGGACCUGAGCCUGAUUGUAGAAUUCAUCCUCAUGUUCUACCGGGACAAGCCCAUUGACUGGCUCCUGGACCACAUCCUGUGGGUGAAGGUCUGCAACCCUGAGAAGGAUGCGAAGCAUUGUGACCGGCAGAAGGCCAACCUCCGGAUCCGCUUCAAGCCGUCCCUCUUCCAGCAUGUGGGCACUCACUCCUCACUGGCGGGCAAGAUCCAGAGGUUGAAGGACAAGGACUUUGGAAGGCACCACAUCCUGCGGAAGGAGCAUGUGAACCCGCCAGCUGAAGUGAGCACAAGCCUCAAGACAUACCAGCAUUUCACCCUGGAGAAGGCCUACCUGCGAGAGGAUUUCUUUUGGGCCUUCACACCCGCUGCAGGGGACUUCAUCCGAUUCCGCUUCUUCCAGCCACUACGCCUUGAGAGGUUCUUCUUCCGCAGCGGAAACAUUGAGCACCCAGAAGAUAAGCUCUUCAACACAUCUGUAGAGGUGCUGCCCUUUGAUAACCCCCAAUCCGAGAAGGAGGCCCUGCAGGAGGGCCGCUCCACCACUCUCCGGUACCCUAGGAGCCCUGAUGGCUAUCUUCAGAUUGGAUCCUUCUACAAGGGUGUAGCAGAAGGGGAGGUGGACCCUGCCUUUGGCCCCCUGGAAGCCUUGCGCCUCUCCAUCCAGACUGACUCCCCAGUGUGGGUCAUUCUGAGUGAGAUCUUCCUGAAAAAGGCUGACUAAGAGAGGGCUUCCAAGGGUGCUCUGUGGCUGACUCUGAAGCUCACAGUUCUGAGGAUUUUGCUGCUGCUGCCCCUGGAGGGCUAGGCAUAUCCACUUCAAUCUGAGGGUUCUGCCUGGCAGCUGGCUUGGGCUGGCCUGGGGUCCACCGCUGGCCCGGAGGCCCCAGAAGCUGGUGCUGCCCCUGCCCGCCGGGCCGCGGGAGGAGGCAGGCGGCCCCUACACUGUGCCUGAGGGCCGGCCUGCUGCCGCCCAAAAAAAAACUGAACGGUUUGCCCCCCUGGCCAGUCAGUUUGAGCCAGGCUGUUUUAGAAGAGCUUUUUCUUGGGCGCCCGCUGUUUUCAGCGCGAACACUGGAAUGCAUAUACUACUUUAUGUGCUGUGUUUUUUAUUCUUGGAUACAUUUGAUUUUUUCACGUAAGUUCACAUAUACUUCUAUAAGAACGUGACUUGUAAUAAAGGGUUAAUGAAG